UCUCUCAACUAAGAGACGAUGUGAGACGCAACCGACCGAACUCCCCCAUCGGGGUUUAUCGGCCAGAGCUUACUGACAGGAUGUCUGGAUUCCGCCUGGCCACACGGCGCCGCUAGUGCACAGCCACACAGACCAAUGAGCACACAGAACACUGGCCGGAGGCGGGGUCGAUUCAUUGCAAAGAUGGCGGCGGCCUUAGACGAUGAAUUAGAGUUGGAUAACCAAGACUAUUAUUCUCUUCUCAACGUCAGGAAAGAGGCCACUCAAGAUGAGUUAAAGGCCUCUUAUAGGAGGUUAUGUAUGCUGUACCACCCAGACAAACACAGAGACCCAGAGCUCAAGAGCCAAGCAGAGCAGCUAUUCAACCAGGUGCACCAGGCCUAUGAGGUGUUAAGUGACCCACAGUCCAGAGCAAUCUAUGACAUCUUUGGGAAGAAAGGCCUGGAAGUGGAGGGCUGGGAGAUUGUUGAGAGGAAGAGGACACCAGCAGAGAUCCGUGAGGAGUAUGAGAGGCUACAGAGAGAGAGAGAGGAGAGGCGGCUACAGCAGAGGACCAACCCCAAGGGGACAAUCAGUGUGGGAGUGGACGCCACAGACCUGUUUGAUCGUUAUGAGGAGGACUUUGAGGAGAUGCCUGGUGGAGGAUUCCCUCACAUGGAGAUCAACAAGAUGCACAUCUCCCAGUCUAUAGAGGCCCCAUUGACAAACUCCGACACCGCAAUGCUGUCUGGCUCUCUGUCCACACACAAUGGAAAUGGAGGAGGCAACAUUAACAUGACAGUGCGCCGGGUGACGUCUGCCAAGGGCUGGGGAGAGUUGGAGUUUGGUGCGGGGGACAUCCUGGGUCCUCUGUUUGGGAUGAAGGUGUUUCGUAACCUGACUCCACGAUGUUUCCUGACGGCUCAGUGUGGUAUUCAGUUCUCCUCCCGCGGUGUUCGUCCCAGCUGUUCGUUAAUGACAGCGCGCCAUCUGGACCAGAACACUAUGGGUUACCUGCAGUGGCGAUGGGGACCGCACAGCUCCAUGACAACUAGUGUGGUCCGGGACACCAAGACCAGCCAUUUCACAUUGGCCCUGCAGCUGGGUGUGCCUCACUCCUACCUGAUGAUGAGUUACCAGUACAAAUUCCAGGAUGAGGACCAGACCAAGGUCAAGGGAUCUGUCAAGACUGGUUGGUUUGGUACAGUGGUGGAGUAUGGAGCAGAGAGGAAGAUUAGUCGUCACAGUGUCCUGGCUGCUACUGUCAGCAUCGGAGUCCCACAGGGAGUCACACUGAAAAUCAGGUUGUCUCGUGCCAACCAGACCUACCUGUUCCCCAUCCACCUGACUGACCAGCUGCUGCCCAGUGCUGUGUUCUAUGCCACCGUGGGCCCCCUACUGGUCUACAUGGCCAUACACAGACUGGUCGUUAUACCAUACACACGCGCACAGAAACAACAAGACCUGGACCUCCAGAGAAAGAGCUCAGAAGUCGACAUUGCCAAGAAGAAACAAGAGGCUGAGUCAGCUGUUCUGUUGAUGCAGGAGUCUGUGAAGAGAAUCAUUGAGGGGGAGGAGUCAAAGAUGGGUCUGAUCAUCCUGAAUGCUUGGUAUGGGAAGUUUGUAACAGACAACAGCAGGCGCCAGGAGAGAGCCCAGGUUAUAGACGUCACCGUCCCUCUGCAGUGCCUGGUUAAGGACUCCAAACUCCUACUUACGGAGGCCUCCAAGGCCGGGCUGCCAGGUUUCUAUGACCCGUGCGUAGGUGAGGAGAAGAGUCUGAAGCUGCUUUAUCAGUUCAGGGGUGUUAUGCACCAAGUCCUCUCAGCAGACACUGAGGCCCUACGAAUACCCAAGCAGUCUCACAGAAUCGACGCCGUGGCAUAGGAAUCCUCUGUUACUGACGCAGCAAGGGACAAGUGGAGACAAAUACAGACAAACACUGACAAACGGACAUUGACAAACGGAUUGACCAAUGGGAAGAGAGAGACGAGCAAAGUGAAGAUAAAUGCUCACUCUUUAUCUCUCCCCAUCACACUUAGGGAUGUAGAACGUAUUCCUCUCCUGAGUGGUAGAGGAUGUCAGCAGUCCUUUCCUCCCUCUAAAUCCUCUAGAUAGCUAGAAGGCUGUUUGGGUGUCAGUGUUUCCACGUCAAAUAACACUAUUUGCCUUGUCAAAUAAGCUUUUCAUUUACCUUGUCAAAAAACAUUAUAUUUCAGAAUGUUUGAAUGGGCUGAAUUUGCAUGGCAAGCCCAGCACCAGUGCGGCAGGCAUCAGCGACGUAUGUCACAAAAAGGUCUGCAAACAAGCGCACACAGUGGUCAGAAAGAUUGGGAAAACGUCUGUGCGAGCAUGUUAUGUGAUAUUGAACAAACAGGUUUUAAAAUGUUAGGUAUUCCAACAUUGAUUCUCUCUGACAUCCCAAAGCAGGGAAGACAUGGUGGUGAUAUGACACUACAUCAUUUUGUCAACAUUGAUGACAGUUUGGAAAUUGUAGGCAUGGUUUCUCCAUAUAAGAUUUACUUUGGUCAUGCAAAAAACACAGAGUAUCAUAUAUUUAGGGGGGGUUAUCUGUUAGCUUUGGAUUGGAAAGCAAUAACCUGAAACUGCACAAACUACAUUCUUAGCACUGAUUUAGGAAUUUGAAAUCAGGCAGCCGUUAUUGAACUCUAGCCAAGUUCAUUCAACCUAAUGCGACCAGUUUUGUUUUCAAAUCAAUGAAAUCAAUAAAUUAUACAAUAAAUAUAUUAUACAAUAAAACAUUAGGACAAAUCACAGAUGAAUUAUAUGAACACUUUGAAAUGGCACUCGUUUAUGCAUAUUUGUAAAAUCAAUAGAUACAAAAGUUGACUGUAAAUAUAAUGUCUUUACCCUCAAAGUAUCUAAGUAACUGUAGUCCAACUGAAGGGCCACAUAAAGAUGUGGUAGGUUAUUUGAUUCUUUACUCUGUGUAGAGGAUUCUGCUGAUUUAGUUUUUGUUGAAACAAAAACAAACUACGUUAAAUUGUAAGGUACUAUUUUGAUGUUCUGUGUUUGAAAUGAACCAGUUGGAACAUUUGCUGAAUGCAUCAGUGAUUCAAACUAUCAGAACUUUAUAUCUAUGGUAAUACUAGAUAAAGAAAUGUAUAUAGAUGUUGAAAUGUGUUAAAUGACAUGCAAUCACACUGAGGUCCUGAUUGGUCAAAAAGCUUAUUUAAUGCAACAAAUUGUGUUUUUAAUUUGACCUAUAAUUCCAAUAACCCAAACAGCAUUUUGUGUGUGUGUGUGUGUGUGUGUGUGUGUGUGUAUAUGUGUGCUUGGAAAUUGUUUUAGGAUCUUCCUCAACUCGUUUCCCUAGAAAUGUGCAAUAUGACUCCAGGUGUAUAUAUCAGUCUACUAAAUAACAUAUACAACUUAUAUUGUACUAAAAGGUUUUACCACGUUACUAUUCUAGGUGUAAUUACCUGGUACAUCGCUAACUCAUGCAAACAUUACGUUGAACAGAACUAUGCAUGAAACGUUUUCUGCAGGUUAUGUGGUUGCCAGUCAUUCUUUUAACAUAUAGGGCACACCCAUAAGGAUUGAAAAUAAUGAAAUGUUCAUUAACACUACUCUAUUUGAAGGCACCCCACUAGCCUCUAUGUGACUGGAGCCCUGGUAGGCUGCUAUGAGUUGGUCUGUUUGAGAUGGACGCUGGGGAGCAGCUGCCUGAGCCACUGUGACUGAUGUACAGGGUCCAGGAUAUCAUUCAUAUACAAUACAACCCCUUUUCCAUAAAAGGUUGGGAUGUUGCAUAAAAUAAAAUGCAUAUAGAAACCGAGUACAAUGAUGUGCAUAUAAUUUAUCUCUAUAUUUAAUUGAAAAUACAAUUUUAUUGUUUUUUGGAAAAAUACCUCCCCAUUUUGAAUUGGAUGUC